GGGCGCGCGCCUGCGCGGUGCCGGGCCGUCAGCUGACCGAGGCGGCGGCCUCGCGGCGACAACCGACCGAGCCGAGAGGAGCCGCCCGGCGCGGCAGGACCAUGGCCACCACCGUCAGCACGCAGCGAGGGCCGGUGUACAUUGGGGAGCUCCCGCAGGACUUUCUCCGCAUCACACCCACGCAGCAGCAGCAGCAGAUCCAGCUGGAUGCCCAGGCCGCGCAGCAGCUGCAGUAUGGAGGAGCCGUGGGCACCGUGGGCCGCCUCAGUGUCACCGUGGUGCAGGCAAAGCUGGCAAAGAAUUAUGGCAUGACCCGCAUGGAUCCGUACUGCCGGCUGCGCCUGGGCUACGCUGUGUACGAGACGCCCACAGCGCACAACGGUGCCAAGAACCCACGCUGGAACAAGGUGGUCCAGUGCACGGUGCCCCCGGGCGUCGACUCCUUCUACCUGGAGAUCUUCGAUGAGCGCGCCUUCUCCAUGGAUGACCGCAUUGCCUGGACCCACAUCACCAUCCCCGAGUCGCUGAAGCAGGGCAAGGUGGAGGACGAGUGGUACAGCCUGAGUGGGAGGCAGGGCGACGACAAGGAGGGCAUGAUCAACUUGGUCAUGUCCUACACGGCCCUGCCCGCUGCCAUGAUGAUGCCACCCCAGCCUGUCGUCCUGAUGCCGACCGUGUACCAGCAGGGCGUCGGCUACGUGCCCAUUACAGGAAUGCCCGCCGUGUGUGGCCCUGGCAUGGUGCCCGUGGCCGUGCCCCCACCGGCUGUGAGCGCUCCGCCCCGCUGUAGUGAGGAGGACCUCAAGGCCAUCGAGGACAUGUUCCCCAGCAUGGACAGGGAGGUGAUCCGGUCCGUGCUGGAAGCCCAGCGCGGAAGCAAGGCUGCGGCCGUCAACUCGCUGCUGCAGAUGGGCGAGGAGUCCUAGGGCCGCCUGCCCUCCAUGCCUGCCCGCCCACGGCCCCCGGGCUCAUCGUCCCAACAGGUUUCCUGGCACAGAGCGCCCUGGGGCCCCUCCUCGCACCUGUGCUCGGACAUGUGUGGGUUCUCCCUCCCACAGCCAUUCUGGCUGGCCAGCCCAUGAGGGUGGGCAGCCUUUCCUUGUCUUGGUUGGAGGCCUGGGUGGGGGGCGCCCUGCCCCUUGCCCCGACGCAUGCGGCCACUUUGCCCCGCUGGCCCUGUGGGUGGCAGGUGGGGGCUUGUGGGGACAGAACUGUGAUUGAAGGCGUACACAGUCCAUUGACACCGACUUAGGGGUUAUUUUUAGAACUUACAUGCUAAAAUCUA